AUGAUGGGAUUACUUUACACAAGAUCUUCAUCAUCAUCAUCAUCUUUCAAAUCGAUACUUUUAACAGUUUUCGUAUUAAUAGUAUCGUCGAUAUUACUCAAUAGUAGUAAUAAUCAAGUAGAAGCUAGAAUACUAUCAAACUCUAAUCCAACAGUAUAUCAUACUGGUGACACUGUCAAUGUAAAAGCAAACAGAGUUAAAAGUGGAUUAGUAUCAUUAGACUAUUAUCAAGCACCAUUCCCAAAGCCAAAUACUACUGUAGGUGACUCCGGAUCAUUCAUCUUUAAACUAAGUGGUAAUCGUAAAUAUGACUCAUUGUAUGAUAUACCUGCAUUGGUAUCUUUGAAUUGUAGUCAUGUUGGAAACACUUCCUAUAAUGUAACAUCUGAUCAAGUUAAUUCAUUAAUUGACUAUAUUGAUAAUAGAUAUAGAGUAUUUAUGUAUAUUGAUGAUUUACCAAUUGGUGAGAAAUAUUCAAACCAUAUUGAAAUUGGUUAUGAUAUUGGUUAUUUGUAUAGAUCUUAUAAUGGAAAUAAAACCAAUACAGUCUAUUAUUUAAAUAAUCAUUUAAAUAUUCAUAUUGAAUAUACGAAUUCGUCGAGUUCAAGUGGAGGAGCUGAAAUUGUUGGAGUGUAUGUGGUUGCACAUUCAGUCAAUUCCAAUCUAGCACAGGAAUGUCAAUACUCAUCUUCAGAGAGUUCAAGAUUAAUCCUUGAACAAGACAAACCUCUUAUUAAUAUGGCAUGGACAUACAGGGUGACUUGGACCAAUGUCACUGACAAGACAUGGGCUACUAGAUGGGAUGCCUACUAUCCAUACGUUGCAGCUGUCGAAGCACCUUCGAUUGCACUCUCCUUUUUCAAUACAGCCAUUCUCGCAGUACCAUUCAUAAUGAUCCUCUUUAGAGUAUUUAGAAAUGAAAACACGUUGGGUGGGUUUGUCGAAAUGAUGGACUCUGGUUGGAAAUCAAUCUAUGCCGAUGUAUUCAGAUCUCCAAAGGGAUUCAUGACACUCUCUGUCAUUGUAGGUUCUGGUAUUCAAAUUGCUACCACCAGUUUUAUCGUCAUGUUGUUCUAUGUUGGUGGUCUCCUAUCGAUUGCAAAUGACGGAGCUUUUACAAUGACCGCUGUCAUUGUAUUCGCAUUCUGUGCAGUCUUUGGUGGUUAUGCCUCAAUGAGAACUUAUAUUAUGCUUGGUGGUACUAGAAAACGUUAUAAUGCCGUUUUGAAUGCAACAUUUGUUUCAUUUGUUGUAUUAAUAUUAUUAAUGAUUGCAAAUACUCAAUUAUGGUCACAUAAAUAUACGACUGCACCUUCUGGUGGACUUGUAGCUAUCGUUAUUGUAUUGUUUAUUUUCAUGUCCAUUCCACUUUCACUUGCAAGUUCAUAUUUUGUAAAUUCAUGGCCUCCUGCAGGAUACCCAUGUCAUACAAAUAGUAUUCCAAGAAUGAUACCAAAGAGAAAAUUCUAUCAAAACCCAUAUAUCAUGUCUGCCAUUCUUGGAUUUAUUCCAUUUAUCAAUAUCAAUGUUCCCAUUACUAUUUACCUCAAUUCCAUGUUUUUCGAUCUCCACUAUAGUGCCUCUUUUGCCACUUUUAUUGCAGUCACUCUUUUAUUUGUUAAUGUUUUACUUGUUAAUGUUUUAAUUGAAUUUUAUCAAUUAUCAAUCGAAGAUUACAAUUGGUGGUGGAGAUCAGUUGUUGGACCAACAUUUACAGCACUUUAUAUAUUUAUUAAAAUGUUAGUUUUUGGAUUCUCAAAUUUUGGAUCGAUUGCCACUCAACCCAAAUUCUACUACUUUAUGUUUUCAUUGGUCACUUCGCUCAUGUCUGCACUCCUUUUCUCGGCUGUAGGCUUCUUGGGCAAUUUAUAUUUUACAAAGAGAAUUUAUUCUACUCUUCACUUUGAUUAA